AUGUACUGGGCUGCUGGCUUUGCCUCUUCCCGGCCGUGUGUGGUUGAACUCGGGCGGAAUCACAGCCUGCCCCUCGGACUGUGCGGCUCCGAGCAGCAGCACUCUCUGUAUGGCUAUAUCAUCGCCGUCCCCUUACAGGACUACGGGGGCAUUAUGUCGGCUCUGGGCUCGGACUCCUGGUGGAAGAAGACCAUGUACAUCACCGGGGGGGCCCUGCUGGCUGCUGCAGCCUACCUACUGCACGAACUGCUAGCCAUCAGGAAGGAGCAGGAGCUGGACUCUAAAGAUGCCAUCAUCCUGCAUCAGUUCUCCAGGCCAAAGAAUGGCGUGCCCAGCCUCUCGCCGUUCUGCCUCAAAAUAGAGACGUACCUCCGCAUGGUGGACCUGCCCUACCAGAACUACUUUGAUGGAAAGCUGUCGCCGCAGGGUAAGAUGCCGUGGAUCGAGUACAACCACGAGCAGGCGUCGGGAUCAGAGUUCAUCGUGGACUUCCUGGAGGAGAAGCUGGGUGUCAACCUCAACAACAACCUCACCCCGCAGGAGAGAGCCGUGUCCCGAGCUGUAACCAAAAUGGUCGAGGAACACCUGUACUGGACGAUAGCCUACUGUCAGUGGGUGGACAACCUGGAGGAAACUCAGAAGCUCCUGGCGAUGAGCGGCCCCCUGAGUGACACUCUGAAGUGGCUGCUGAGCCACCUGAACGGCAGCAUGGUGCGCAGGGAGAUGUACGGCCAUGGCAUCGGGCGCUUCUCUAAGGAGGAGGUCUACGCCCUGAUGGAGAAGGACAUGAGGACGCUGGCCACACUGUUGGGAGACAAGAAGUACUUUAUGGGCUCUAAAAUAUCGACAUUAGAUGCUACAGUGUUUGGGCAUCUCGCCCAGGCGAUGUGGACUCUGCCUGGGACACGACCAGAGCAACUCAUCAAAGGAGAGCUGAUCAACCUGGCCAUGUUCUGCGAGCGCAUGCGCAGGAGGUUCUGGCCCGAGUGGUUUGUGGAGCUGGAGGAUCUUUAUUUUGACGGAGAGAGUGACAGCAGCGUCUCCCCGACGGGCCUGCUGGACUUUGGCCUCUUCUCGCGGACCGACACUCUGGACGACAGCGAUGACGCCAGCAGCCACUCGGCCGGACACACGCGCACACGCGCACACUCCCCGGAGUCGGACCACUCGCUCUUUGACUCGGACGUGGGCACGGGAUCCGACAAUGACAUUCAGCUCAAGGAGGAGCUGGUUCCCGACCCGGAGGUUUGA